AGUCACAUGGACAGUGUCACUCAGCUCUCACACACCAGGCCUAUUGUCAGAGUAUCUGUUGAAGAGCUGACGUCAUGCCCGGUGCUAGGAGGGAAGAGGACUGGGCGCGGGGCAUUAGUAAGCAGGACUGAGUUAGCAACAUCGAGGAACAACAAAACAACGGCAAAAUGAGUGUCAACACUGUGAGGUUUGCUGUGCUUGUACUUGGAUGGUCUAUGACACUCUCCUCUGCCACCCAAAUGGGUCUGAGCGACAAAGUCCUGGUUUUCCCUUAUGAGACAGACUUCAGCUUCGUGGCCCUGAUUCCGCAGAAGGAGAUGGCGUUGAGGGCCUUCACUCUCUGCAUGCGUGUGGCCACCGAGCUGCCGGAAGAACGGCAGAUCAUCCUGUUCGCCUACCGCACAGCUGACUACGACGAGCUCAACGUGUGGCGUGAGAAGGAUGGACGCAUCUCCUUCUAUAUGAGCGGUGACGGCACCUCCUUUCACCUGCCACCCCUCACCACCUUCCGCACCAGCCUCUGCCUGACCUGGGAGUCUCGCACCGGCCUUGCUGCUUUUUGGGUGGAAGGGAAACGCAGCACCUACCAGGUCUACAAACCGGGGCACACCAUCCGUCCAAAAGGCACCGUCCUCCUGGGGCAGGACCCAGACAAACACCUGGGGGGUUUAGAGGCCGUGCAGAGCUUUGUUGGGGAGGUGACUGAUCUGAAUAUGUGGGACUUUGUGCUCUCCAGGAGCAUGAUCCAAGCCUGGCACUACGGGCACAAGGUCCCCAAGGGCAACAUCUUUGACUGGGCCACUAUCGAGUAUGAGCUGAACGGAAACGUGAUGGUGGUGGAUGAUGACUGACUUGGUGUGAAAUCAGAUGCAGAGAGGGAUGCGCCUUUAGAGAUCUGUGUCAGGCUGAUACUGUCAUGUGUGAUUGUCUUUAGAUUCAGUGUUGUUUUAUAUUAGGGCCCUUCAACUGAUCUUCCAUCAAGUCCACAAGUCAAGUGUUUUAAUGUUGCAAGAAGAGCCUCUUGAUGAUUAGGUCAAGAGAAUAGAAAGGAGCUGUGUUUUUAGGGCUUUCCGUAUCUUGGUUGAAUAUCCUCCUAUAUGUAACCUGUAACUAUUUUCAGCAGCAAAAUGCACUGACAACAAAAGCCAAUAUUUUGUGGUACACAGAAGUCAGUUGUCAGUUGUUUUACAUCAGUAACUCCUUACGCAUCACUCAAACCUUUUGCUAAACGGUCACUCAGUAACUCAGUUGUUGUGAGAACAAACUGGUAAAUCUCAAGCACAAAAUGUUGAUGUGCCAGAUGUAUCCAUAGGGUGGCACUCUCUGCUAGUUCACAUCAAACAGACACUCGUGUCAACCGAAGCAAUAUCUUGCCUGCAUCCACUUAUUUGAUUUGGCAUAGUUAUAUUUAUGGAGGUUAUUAACGAGGCCACCGAUAACUGAUUAAUAACUGAUUAAAAUGUUAAGAAAAAGAAAUGAGUUGCUACAAUCCAGACCAAUUUAAAUACGUACUUUUAUUUGCAGAAGGUGAACAUUUAGCAGAUAAAAUAACUAAGACAUCUGCUUACAUUACCAUGAUGCUAUAAUGUAUUUAAGAGCAAAUUUCAAGCCUUUAAUAAGAUGCAUUUUAAAUAAAUAAAAAAUUAUUUCAAAAUAUCUUCUAACUAAAAUGAUCUUGAGAUGAGAGUUUUUUUGGUCAGAAUUUAACAUAUUGUAACAUGUUACAAUACAUCUUACAUGUUGUAAGGCAACUACCAUGUAUGCAAUUAGUAUGUAAUUAUUUGUCCAAUGAUAUUGAUGAUAAAAAUGUGAAGGACAUAUUAGAAACAGCAAACUGGGAGAUGCGUUAUUUCUACUGUAGACUUAAUGAUUUAACUGCACUCAGAGACAAAUAGCAAUUAUCAUGUUUAAUAUCCAUAGCCAUAAUGUUGCCUUCAGUAAGCGUACUCACUCAUGAAUUUUCCAUGUUUCAACUGAUGCAAGAAUGCUUUUGGGUCUGAAAUAAAAUCUUGCCAUGUGCAUAAUAAUAAUAAUAAUAAUGUUUGUAAUUAAAGAGAAUAUUUCUUCUUUGAA